AUGGAUUUUUCCUUGAGAGAAGCAGAACCUUCAGCUCUUACGCCUGAGUCCACUAUUGUCCAAAGAGCUUCUCGUGAAAAAUGGGAACACUCGAACAGGGUGUGCCUAAUGGUGAUGAGAUAUACCAUGGAGAAGUCUAUUCGACAGAGCAUUCCGGAUAAUGACAAUGCUAAGGAUUUUAUGAGAUCAGUUGGUGAGAAGUUUAAGACUUUUGAUAAAGCUCAAAAGGGUCAAUAUUUGUCACUUCUUGAGAAGACCAAAUAUGAUGGUGUCAGUGGUGUUCGUGAGCAUAUGAUGAAGCUUGUUAUGGAAUCUCUUCCUUCUCAGUUUGAUGUGUUGAAGACUUCUUACAACACUCAAAAGGAGGAAUGGACAAUUGAUGAAAUGAUAGCUAUUAUUUCUCAAGAGGAAGCAUCGAUUAAAAAGACCAAGUCUCAUAGUGUGCAGUUUACAGCUACUAAUUCAAGCACUAAACCUGUGAAAAAGGGCUUCAAAGGUAAAUCUCGUCCUGAAAAAGGGAACACAGGGAAAGCACCAGCGGUUUUGGAGCCUAAGAAGAAGUACUUCAAGGGGAAUUGUGCCUAUUGUAAGAAAUUUGGACACAAGAUAGCUGAUUGUUAUAUUCUUAAGAAGAAGAAUGCUGAUAAGGAAGGGGUUCACAAGUCUGAGAAAACCAAGUGAUGUCGAGUCCAAGAUUAUCAUGGGAGAUGGAGCUAGAGCACUAGUUGAAGACAUAGGAGUAGUUUCUUUAAAUUUACCUUCUGGACAUGUUUUGUUAUUAAAAGACGUUGUUUAUGUACCUUCUAUGAGAAGAAAUUUGAUUUCAGUUUCAAUUUUGGACAAAUGUGGCUACACUUUUGAAUUUGGCAAUGGUAAACUUGUUGUUUAUUUCAAUUCAAUUAUUGUUGGCUCAGGAGUUUUAUAUGAUGGACUUUACAUGCUGAAUCUGAAUGAUAUGUCUGUUAAUUCUGUUAUUGGACAUAAGCGUAGUAGAGUUGAUGAAAAUUCCUCUAUGUUGUG